AUGCUCCUGAAAGAGGUGAUGGAUCGGGCUGCCCCGACCAAAAAGCCCCACGAAGUAUUUGAUUUGAUCGGCGGUACAAGCACAGGCGGGUUGAUUGCCAUCAUGCUUGGUCGACUCCAAAUGAGCGUCCAGGAAUGUCUGGAUACGUACGAUUCCGUCAUGAAAGAUGUCUUUGGAUCCGGUUGGCUUCAUACACAUAUUGGAAAGCCUUUGGACUAUCUGACCAAGGGUGAGUUCUACUCGGCUGGGCAGUUGGAAAAAGUGAUCAAGAAACUUCUUGAUAAAAAGCUUCCUGUGGGGCAAAACGCCGAGAAUGCUCUACUUCUAGACGAAGGCAGUUCGUGCAAAAUUUUCCUGAUGGCAACGCGCGAAGAAUCUGCUAACAACCGAGGCCCUGUUUUCCUCCGCUCGUACACUAAUGAUCUAGAUCCACCAGAUGCAGAUCUGGCUAGUAUCAAGCUGUGGCAAGCAGCCCGGGCUACAUCUGCAGCCCCGGGAUAUUUCAAGCCGAUGGACAUUGGCCGAGUGACGCUGGUAGAUGGUGGGUUACUUGCCAAUAAUCCCCUCGGUUGGCUGUGGACUGAGAUUCUCUCUUUGUAUGGACCAACGCGAGAAACGGACUGCUUCCUUAGCAUUGGCACGGGGAUGGGAGCAAAUGUUGCAGUCGCACGACCGGGCCUCGAUUUCAAAAAUGCAAUGGAGAGCUUUGCAGAGAUAGCUACGAACACGGAAAACACCAAUAUUCUUUUCCGUGCGCUUGUUGACGCUUUUGCGCCCCAUGCUCAGACGAAAAAGUAUUUCCGGCUCAACGUGAGCAAGGAGCUCCCAGAGCCGGCAGAUUCCAAAGGUAUUCUUGACUGGCUGACUCAAAGCAAAGCCAUCAAGGGGGUCUUGAACAAUUUUGAAGACCCAGGAUCUCUGGAUGAUGUCGACGCCAUCCCACGGUUGAAGGGCUGGACGACUGAAUGGAUUAAGGCUCAGCAGGAUAUCAUCAACUCCUGCAGUGAGGCACUUUCAAGACACCUCUAA